AUGGCUUCGGGAUCUGUCCUCGUCACUGGCGGCACUGGCUACAUUGGCUCGUUCACGGCGCUCGCUCUCCUCGAGGCCGGCUACAAGGUGGUCAUCGUCGACAACCUGUACAACUCGUCCAAGGAGGUGCUCAACCGCAUCGAGCUCAUCUGCGGCAAAAAGCCCGACUUCUACGAGCUCGACGUGCAGGACGAGGCCGCGCUCGACAGGGUGUUCAAGGAGCACCCCGACAUUGACAAUGUCAUCCACUUCGCCGCGCUGAAGGCCGUAGGCGAGUCCGGCGAGAUCCCGCUCACAUACUACCGUGUCAACGUCGGCGGGUCGAUUGCGCUGCUGUCAGCCAUGGAGAAGAACAACGUGACCAACAUUGUGUUCUCGUCGUCGGCGACCGUGUACGGCGACGCCACGCGCUUCGAGAACAUGAUCCCGAUCCCUGAGCACUGCCCCAUCGGCCCGACCAACACGUACGGGCGCACCAAGUCGACCAUCGAGAGCGUCAUCACGGACCAAGUCGACGCGAAGCGAGCCGCAGCGCGCAAGAGCGGCAACGAAGCCGAGGCGCGGAAAUGGAACGCAGCACUACUCCGGUACUUCAACCCAUCCGGCGCGCACCCCAGCGGGCUGAUGGGCGAGAACCCGCUGGGCGUGCCGUACAACCUGCUGCCCCUGCUAGCACAGGUCGCAAUCGGGAAGCGCGAGAAGCUGCUCGUGUUUGGCGACGACUACGCGUCCAAGGACGGGACCGCGAUCCGCGACUACAUCCACGUGCUGGACCUGGCGCGGGGCCACCUCCAAGCGCUCAACUUCCUGCGCGAGCAGCAGCCCGGCGUGCGCGCGUGGAAUCUCGGCACGGGCAAGGGCUCGACGGUGUUUGAGAUGAUCCGGGCGUUUGAGACGGCCGUCGGGCGCCCGCUCAAGUACGAGGUGCAGGGGCGGCGCCAGGGUGAUGUGUUGGAUCUGACAGCCAACGCGACGCUGGCGAACAAGGAGCUCGGGUGGACGACUGAGUUUACGCUCGAGGACGCGUGUCGCGAUCUGUGGAAGUGGACGGAGAAUAACCCCGAGGGGUACGGACAGGCGCCGCCGCAGGCGUUUGUGGACGCGCUGAAGCGGGCGUAG